ACAAUUAUAAAUUGAUUGAAAUAAAAAGUCAAGCAGAUGCUGUUAAUUUUGUUAAAAUAGUGUAAGAGAAACAGAGUCGCAGAAGAUUAACAUGGAUCCACUGGCGGAGACAACGCUACGAAAAUUGACUCCACAAAAAGCAAAUUUAUCAUUAACUUGGACUGAUAUAUCUGUUUAUAUUAAAAGUACGAAGUUCAAGUGCUAUAGAUACGUAACUACAAAAAAACAAGUUAUAUAUAAUGGUGCUGGUGCUAUCCAUCCAGGGCAAAUUGUAGCUCUCAUGGGCCCGAGUGGUUCAGGUAAAACUACUCUACUUACAGCAUUGGCUUAUAGAUAUCAAGGUGGGACACUUGUCAAAGGAGAUGUUAAACUUAAUGGAAAAAAAGUUGAUAGACGGAUGCGGAGUAUUUCUGGAUUUAUGUUUCAGGAAGAUUUUUUUCUAAAAGUUUUGACAGUUAGAGAACAUCUGACAUUUACAGCUAAAUUGAAAAUGAGCAGAUACUCAACAAAUGCAGAAAGAAGCGAGAGAGUCGAGGCGCUCUUAGACGCUUUCAUGUUGAGAAAAAUAGAGGACAGUUACAUUGGUGGAAUUCCUCAACAGGGUGAGAAGGCCAUCAUAUCUGGUGGUGAGAGGAGAAGAUUGUCUUUGGCCACAGCAAUGAUUAAUCUCCCUAAGCUUAUAUUUGCCGAUGAACCGACGACCGGACUCGAUUCGUUCAACGCCCUUCAGAUCGUCCAGACCUUGAAGACAGUUUCAAAAAAUACUGGUGCACCCGUGAUAUGCUCAAUUCACCAGCCAAUGCCAGAAAUAUUCACCCUGUUUGACAAAAUUAUGUUGUUGGCCGAAGGCCGUUUAAUGUUCAGCGGGACGCCUGAAGAAUCUGUCGAGUUCUAUGAAAAUGCUGGAUUUAUUGAAGAACAUUAUAUGAGCCAUCCUGAAUUUAUUGUCAAAUGUGUUUCACCCCCUCAAGGAGCUGGGGAGGCUGAAAAUGCUAAACAAAUGGAAAUUCUAUCACGCAAAUUUUUCAAGUCAAGCUAUUAUGCAAACCACAAAGCAUCAAUAGUGGAAAUUAAAACUUCAGAACAGGGAACUAGUUGCGAAAUUUAUUCAUUCAUAUUUAAAGGCCCAUUCACAAUUAAGAAGAUAUUCGUGUUGAUUUUGAGAAACAUGAUAGUUCAAUUGAGGGAACCAGAAAAACAAUGGCUAUCUAUUGGAGAAAAAUUUAUACUGGCGGUAGUCUCAGGCUUAUGUGUUUCUGGCCUUACAAGGCAGUUGGAUCAAGAUGCAAUUCAAGGCAUUCAGGGUGUGCUAUUUUUGCUGGUUACUGAAAACACGUAUGCGUCGAUGUACAAUGUCAUAUACAUGUUUCCUAAAGAAUAUCCACAAUUCAUAACAGAAUAUUACAACAAUACUUAUUCAACGACAGCAUACUAUAUCGCAAAGGCUAUUUCAUGUAUUCCGGGAUAUAUACUUGAAGCGAUUGCAUACACACUAACCGUAUACAUAAUGGCUGGCCUUAGAAAUUCAUUGUAUGCACUGGUAAUGACAAUUAUCACUGCUAGCUUGUGCAUAAUUGUUUCUGCAUCGUUUGGCACACUGUUUUCAUGUUUUUUCUCUGAUUUGCAAACUGCUGUUACAUAUAUGGUUCCUUUUGAUUACCUCAUGCUGAUAACUGCAGGGAUGUUUAUUCGUCUUGGAUCGAUAAACUGGGCAGUGCAGUGGUUAAAAUAUUGCUCAUGGUUCUAUUAUGCAUACGAAUCAUAUACCAUAAUUCAAUGGGAAGGAGUCCAGUAUAUUGACUGUCCAAAGAAUGACACAUACACCCACUGUCUGACAAAUGGAGCACAAGUGAUUUCAGAAUACAACUUUGAUACUGACCACUUUCUCAUGAACAUAAUUUGUCUUCUUGCAUUAUAUGUUCUAUUGCACAUUUUAGGAUUGGCAUUUUUCAUAAGGAAGAUCAGAAAACUAACUUGA